AUGGUCGGGGCUCCGGUCGGGCGCACUGAUUGGCUCAAGUCGUUCCUUCGCUUGGCUCGGAAUCAGCUCACGAUGUCUCGGAGUGCGCAGUUCUCCUUCCUGCUGGCGUCGCAGCCAAGCUGCCGGUACUGGAGAGUCGAGGCGGCUGAUCGCUUGUUAUCCGCCACCGGCGCCCGGUCCGCGGAGGUAGCUGCCGCCGCACGCCAACUUGGUUCUGCUGCUAUGUCUUCUCUUCUAUAG